UUGCCGGCCCGGGCCAUGCCCCCGGCCGGCCCCCUCUCCCGGGCGGGGCUGCCCCGUCCCCGUCCCCGUCCCCGCCCCCGGGCGGCCCGGCGCGGUGUGGCCCUGGGCCGGCUGCCGGCGGGGCGGCUGCGGCGCUGCUGGGCGCUCCUCUGCGGCUGGGUCUGGGCCGGGCUCGGCGUGGCCGCCCCUUGGCUCCGCCUGCCGCGGCCCCGGCGCCUCCCGGGGCCGGCGGGGGACACGGGCGCCGCGGCCGCCGCCGCCUCCUGUGCGGCUUCCCCGGGCAGAGCUCCGCCGCUCGGCAGCCCGGCCGCCGGCAGCGAGCCGCCGGUGCCCGCUGCGGGUGGGGCAGCCCGGCCCGGGGCGGUUGAGGGGCGCUCGGGGGCCGUGCCGGGCCCCGGGCCGAACGCUGACGGCCACGUCUCGCCCGCACGGAAGGCGAAGGAGCCCCUGCAGAAGCGGUACCGGGUGGGUUCGCUGCUGGGCAGCGGCGGCUUCGGCCGCGUCUACGCGGGGACCCGCCUGGCGGACGGAGCCCCGGUGGCCAUCAAAUGCGUGUCCCGGGAUGGCAUCCAGCAGUGGGGCGAGCUGCCUGAUGGCACCCGGGCACCCCUGGAGAUCGUGCUGCUGGACAAGGUGUCCAAUGGGUUUCGCGGGGUCAUCCAGCUCCUGGAGUGGUUCGAGCUCCCCAACAGUUUCUUGUUGGUGAUGGAACGUCCGGAGUGCUCUCAGGACCUCUCUCACUUAAUCACGGCGUGGAGGUUCCUGCCGGAGGAGAUGGCGUGGGGGCUGUUCCGCCAGGUGCUGAAGGCCGUGCGGCACUGCAGCAGCUGCGGCGUCCUGCACCGGGACAUCAAGCCCCAGAACAUCAUCCUCGACCUGGCCACCGGUGAGGCGAAGCUCAUUGACUUUGGAUGUGGCACGUUCCUUCAGGACACGGCCUACACACAGUUUGCAGGAACACCGUCGUACAGCCCGCCAGAGUGGAUCUGGCUCAAAAGCUACCACGGCGAGGCGGCAACAAUCUGGUCCCUGGGCAUCCUGCUCUACCAGAUGGUCUGCGGGGAGCACCCUUUCUGGAAAGGCAGGAGCACCAUCUGGGACCAGCUCCCGUUCCCACGAUGGGUCUCUCAAGGGUGCCAGCACCUUAUCAGGUGGUGUUUGUCCAUCCGCCCCUCGGACAGGCCAUCGUUGGAAGACCUAUUCUGCCAUCCUUGGGUGCAGGGCGUUCAGCUGCCCUAGGAGACGGGAGAGAUCCACGUGCUCAGUUUGAUCCAGGGGCCUGGGAAGGAGAAGGGGCCUCUGGAGAAGCUGUGCCGGGUGGGCCUGCUGCUGGAGACAUGAAGGACGGCACCAAGGAUGACAAGCUCUUGGUUGACCUGGACGCCGGCGAGCUGAAGAUGAUGGCCUUUGAUUGUGGCCCAUUCCUCCAAGCCAUGCUCCACGGCCCCUUUGCAGAUAAGUCCACACCCAGGGGUGCUCCCAGGCGUGGGCAUUGCACAGCCUGGCUGGGCACCGAGGGUUCCCCCCUUUGCUGGCCUCUGGGGAAUGUGCUUUGUUCUUCAGCUGCUGCCAAGCUGCUUCCUGGCAGGGGGUGGACGGGUGCUCUGGGGUGGCUGUGAAAGGGGAGCCUGGCUCUGCCACUCGCCCUGCCCUGGGCGGGGGCUGGGCCAGGGACACCAGCCUGACAGAAACAAACCCCUGUGGGGGGAGCAAAGGUGGGGCUGCAGAACCUGGGCACCAGCUGCUUUGGGCUGCAGGCGAGGAGAGGCUUGGGCUGCCUUGGCUUGGGACCCUUUCUUUGGGGCAGUGCAGCAGGGCAGGGAGAAGGCAUGGGUUUGCCUUAGCUGGAGGAGCAGGGGUUUUCUUUUGCAUGGAGGGGUUGGGCCUUCCUCAGAACCCUGACAGAAUGUUAACAUUUGACCUUUCUUUCUCGUUUCCACUUUUUGUUUGUCAUCUCUUUUCGUGAAUUUGUUGUUUGUUUCAUAAGGAAGAGUUGGAGCUGGUGCCGGGUCCGGCUUGGGAAGGGCUGGGACCGGCCCUGGAGUGGAUCUGACGUCCCCUCUGAGAAGGCUGAGGACAUCACUUGGGACACACUCUUCUUGCAGCAGCAGAUGCUGUGAGUUUAGUUUCCAGCUUGCUCUAUGUGGGAGAUGGACAUGAAGAGGAAGAGGAAGAACAUUACAGAAGAUUUGUGGAGACCUUGAAGGAGUCAACUGAGAAAGAAGAUGUUGUUCAGAUCUACUAAGGACAUUCAAAAACUAAAGACCUUGUUAAUUCAAUUCUAGUAUUGUUAAUGUAAAGUUCUUAUACUGUACUAAUCCUUAUAGGAAUCCCUAAGUAAGUUGUUAGUCUCUUUCUCCCUGUUCACCCAUUGGCUAAAAAAUGCUGUAAUGUAAUUGUCCCUUUUAUGGUUCAAGACCCUUCCCUCUUUGCCCAUAUGUGAUUGUAACCCCUCCCCUGGUUGCCUGGUUUGGGCAAGCCCCUCCUUCCCUUUCCAUAUUUGUUAUACCCACACCCAUCCUUCUGGAAGAUUCCCUGCUGCCCCUGCAUGAGGGGGAAGCCGUUUCAAUAAAGUGUUCAUUCUGGUUCAACCCA